AUGGCACCAAAUUCACUCGCUAUAGUGAACGAAACGUUGUUUGGCGAUACCGAAUUUGAAUUUGAUAAGAAGGUCAUGGGAAAAUGUAUUAAGUUAUUGAUGAAUAUAGGUGCGAAAAAAGUUGUUUCACCACUUAGCUACUUUUCUAUAACACAAAUAUUCACGAAAAUUUAUUGGCAGGAAAGAAACACACUAAAAAUUUUUCACAAAAUCGUCAAGAAAUUAAUUGAAAAAAAGCGCAAAGAAUUUAACAGCGGUGUAAAAAUAGAAAGGAGACCAAUAUACAUAGAUAUUUUAUUUAGUACUAAUUGCACGGAUGAAUUUAUUGAGGACCAAGUAACUGUUGGGAUUGGAGUUGCCGUAGACACGACUGCAGUAACAUUAUCGUUUAUGCUUUACCACUUAGCAAAAUUCCCCGAAAUACAACAAAAAGCAUUCGAGGAAGUUCACUCAAUCCUGGGCGAAGACAUCCACCAAACAAUAACGAACCAACAAGUAAUGCAGAUGAAAUAUUUGGAUUUAGUUAUCAAAGAAUCGAUGAGAUUAAAUACGACUGCUCCAGUAUUUUUACGAACUCUUGAAGAAGAUGUACCUUACGAAAAAACCACGUUACCCAAAGGAUUAAUGGUUUUUAUGAUCCCGUUUAUGAUGCAUGUUGACUCUGAAUUAUAUCCAGAUCCUGAAAAAUUUAUUCCCGAACGGUUUCUUCCGGAAAAUUUGAACCCAAAUAAAUAUAGCUAUGCACCUUUUAAUCUUGGUGUUCGGAAUUGUAUUGGAAAAUUGUACGCAAUGGUUUCGAUGAAAAUUGCGUUAGCUAAGAUGUUGCUUAAUUACGAAUUUGUGGACGUUCACCAUCAACUUUGUUUAUCCGUGGAGGUUACUUUGCAAUCAAAAACUGGNCGAGUUAAGACCGUUAACUUACAGGCAUCGGAGGGGGGUUCUUCGUCCAGUCGGGGAUUCCCCCUCCGUCUUCAUCAGUUGGAUCAACUUCACGUCGGGUCCAG